AUGCAUCAACCGGAAUAUCCUCCAGAUUUUGUCCUUUACUAUGCACACGGUGGUGGGUUCUUGAUGGGCUCAAGUUACUUUUACCUUGAAUUCCUCAUGGCCUGGCAUCACCUCCUUGUUGAGGCUGGAUUUAAUAACCCAGCAAUAUUUGCACUCGAGUAUACUUUGGUACCUGAUCAAGUUUACCCAAGACAGGUCCUCGAGGCACUUGAAGGUUACAAGCAUGUCCUCGAAGUCGUGCAAGACGCAUCCAAGAUCUGCGUUUCGGGAGAUUCGGCUGGCGGCUCAUUGAUUCUCAGCUUGUUGCUCGAGUUGGGCGCUCAGGCUGGCAAUCAAGACAAGAAGGGCAUGAAGGUCAACAUCCGGGGCGGCCUCUCGGAUACGACUCCACCUCAUAUGCCUCUCCCGCGUAUGGCUACACUAAUUUCGCCAUGGAUAACACUGAUGUCCAAUUUACAUUACAGCUCCAAAAGUGAUUUCUUGGACAAGAGAACCUUGUGGAAAUAUGCACACGAGUAUGCAGGAGAGAACAUGGUUCAACAGCAACCGGCUUCUCCCGGUGACUGCGUCGAUGAGGGGCUCUGGAGAGCAGCCAGUCCCGAACGAGGAUACUUCAUCGUCUUUGGAGAAGAGGAAGUGUUUGCGCCAGAUAUUGAAGAAUUUCUCAAGCGACAAGCCAAGAUUGGGAUUCAAGCUGAAGGACAGAAAUUCGACGGAGGAAUUCAUGCGUGGCCAGUAGCCUCACUAUUCCUAUCCAGUACAGAAGAUAAAAGGCUGCAAGGACUUCGAACUGCUGUCAAGGAGAUUAGAAGACGAAUGCUUGAAUGGGGUACGCUAAAUGGGGAUAGAGUAUAG